AUGGCUCCGUAUGUUUCUUUGUACGGACGACGUUGUAGAUCACCUAUUGGAUGGUUUGAGCCGACUAAGGUAGGACUACUUGGUCCCGAUCUUGUACAUGAUGCCUUGGAGAAGGUGGAUUUGAUCCAACAACGGCUUCAGACUGCUCAGAGUCGACAAAAAAGCUAUACAAAUGUACGUCGACAUAAGUUGGAGAUUAAAGAGCGUGAUCAAGUGUUCUUGAAAAUUGGUGAAGUAGCAUACAAGCUAGAGUUGCUUGCAUCGAUGACCUUAAUUCAUCCUGUUUUUCAUGUGUCGAUGCUACGGGAGUAUAUGCCCGAUCCUGCUCACAUCAUCUCACUAGAGGUAGUAGAGAUAAAUGACAGCUUAUCUUAUGAAGAAGAGCCGGUUGAGAUUCUUGAUAGGCAAGUUCGUAGAUGGAGAACUAAAGACAUAGCUUCAGUUAAAGUGUUAUGGCGUAAUCAUGACGUCGAGGAGGCUACUUGGGAGGCUGAGGAGGAUAUGAAAAUCCGAUACCCUCACUUAUUCGCGACUUCAGAGAUUUAUACCGUCGCAUUCGCGAGUGGGCAUUGCGUUCGCGUAGAAGGAUUUGAGGAAGGCCGGAAUUUAUGCAUUCGCAUUUGCGAGAGGGGCUUCGCGUUCGCGGAGGGAUUGGGUAGUUGGUCGCCGCGUACGCGAGAUGGACCUCGCGUUCGCAUAGAGGAAUUGGGUCAGCUGCGAUUUGAGAUACAUGUGCUCGAGAGGCCGAGUGAGAGCUUUCAACUGCUUUUCCAGCACUUGCGGGGGAUUUUGAGUUCAGGACCAGGCCCCGUUGUGGACGCUGCAGCAGCACCAGUUCAGGCACCAGCUGUGCCUAUUGUGAUCCCAUGCCUUCAGGAGGCUCUAGCUCAGAUAUUUUCGGUGUGUACCGGUUUGGCUCAGGUGGUCUCAGCUUCUACGGCCGCAACUACUUCACAGACUGGGGGAGGUAUUCAGACCCCUGUUGCUCGCACACCUGAUCAGGUUGCUUAG